AGAGGGAGAAGGAAUUCGGACGAAAAAAGCUGCUGCCAUUUGUUAGCAACAAACCUGACACCUUAAGCAGACAGCAGAAACAUAGUAAAUCUCAUUCAUUGUUUUAUUUUAUAGUAAUUCACCUAUUUUAACUAUCACUAUCAGAGCCAAUAAGGAUCAUUUCACAGCAUGUAGUUUCUCAUUCUGGACAACCUGGAGUUUCUUCAAUUAUGUUCAUAAUGGUGAUAUUUGGGGUGAAAAUAAAUGACUGAAAUGGUUAAUAAUUUUAUAACCUCUUCAUGUUACACUUGUCAGUGACCCCAUAGCUUUCAUGGGUUCAUCGUUUAAACUGCAUGUCUUUUUUUAAAGGCCUGGAUUGUGAGUUAAGAAAUUAUUGUUAUGUAACUGGCAAUCAGUUUGUGCCAUUUCUUGGAGCAGUCUUCCCAAAAUGCAGCGUACUCUACAUUCUGAGCUUGGAGGGCUGUGAUUGUUGGUGGUGACGCAUUGCUUGGAUGUCUACCGGCUACUCGAUCACCAUCGCUCCAGUUUACUUUAUACCCUGUUGGAUACAGUUUGGACUCAGUUCAGCCUCGUCAGUCUCUUUUCCGGAGUCAUACCAGUACUGUCAAGAGACUUUACAGAUCUGGACAUGCGGUUGCACUGGGCAAGGAAAGGCGUAGGGGAUGAGGGAAAUAAGACGUGAAAGAAAUGAAUGGUAGGAGGUGAGGGCAGCGGGAGUAUUGAUGGAGCUGGGCUUUUGUGCAGCUGGUCCUACACUGUUGGCAUGCAGGCUGCAGCGUGAGAGCCAAGGACGGUGGAGCAGUGGGUACUCCAGCAAGAUGUUACCACCUGCUGGCACCACCUCAAGGACACGGAUGCCCCUACUCUGGGAGCGGGAAGCAGAAGAGGGAAAUGAUAAGCGUGCAUCCAUUCCUCCUGUGGUGGUGAGGGAAACCCAAUAGGAGCUGCAUAGGGAUGGGACUGCAAGGCUUCCCUGGAGCUAAUGCCCACUAAACACAGAAUCCCCGUGGGAGCAGAGCUGCAUGCCGUAAACGGAUCCGGAAUUAGAGAACCGAGAUACUGGAACAAGCACCAAAGCGUGAAUUGUGAAUAUGGUGAAUUGUGUGAUUCUGAUGUAUCGUUUGCUUUCCUCCGGCUUUUCAUUUCUUUGCUUGCUGUGUUCAUUCACUGUAGAACCAGGCUGACAGAAUCAAGCCUCUCCACCUCCAUGCUCAAAUGUUUACUGUUCAGAGCGGCGCCCUGCACUGCAAAACAACGCGCGGAGUGGCUAUUCACAAUUUUAAAAUACAACCCCACACAAUUCGAAACACAACAUGCAAACAUUGGCUUCUUGCUCUCACUAGAAUCUAUUUUCCAAUAAAAUGUUAACGCCCUCCAAAAAAAUAAGUUUGUAAAAUCUGCCCGAUUCCUCAAACCAUUAAAAUCACAAAAUUGGACUGCACAUUCCAGAGUCGAAGUAAUUUAAAGAGCUGCACACUCGCGUUUGGACACCUGUCAAAACGUUACACGGCAAUAGGCAAGCGUGCAUUAUUUUCAGCGAUGAGCUGUGUGGAGAGUAAGUGGUUAAUAGGAGGAGGACAUGCGUUGCAGCAUCCAAUGCAGCAGGGGGCGCUAAUACGCAGCGGUGGAGCUGUUCGGUCUGUCGUGUGUAAUGAGUGGUUGUGUUUGUAUCGUUGGGAAAGCUAGUGUAAUCACUAACUGUGUACGCAUAUUUGUAGACAUACUAGUGCACUUGGCUAUUUAGCUAAAGAGUAAACAUCUCCAGCCCACGUCGUUAAAACACAACGCUUGUGUUGAUAUGAGCCGUGGCCUUUAGUUAGCUAGCUAGCCUAGCCAGAUUUUUUUUUGGCCCUGCAGUUUUUGCUGAUAACCUACAACGUGAAGGACAUGGCGAGCCCAUUGCUUGAGUUCGAAACAGAGAUGUUUCUGAGUCUCUUCAGUACUGAUGGCUUGCUUGUCACAUCAGAGGGACUUGGUAUCGACCGCAUUCUCUUACACUUUAUGAAGCUCUACUCAGAGGAAGGUAGUCUGGUACUGCUGCUGAACACAACUACCCCAGAACAGGAGUACUUCACAGAGAGGUUGAGAGCUGAAGGUGUAAGCCACCUUCCCCAGACCAUAAACAGUGAUGUACAAAACAGUGAGCGCUACGAAGUAUACACGCAAGGAGGAGUCCUGUUUGUGACCAGCCGAAUCCUGGUGGUUGACUUCCUGACUGACAGAAUUCCUGCUCACCUAAUUUCAGGCAUCCUAGUCUACCGCGCCCAUAAGAUUAUUGAGUCCUGCCAAGAGGCCUUCAUUUUGAGACUGUACCGCCAAAAGAACAAGACUGGAUUCAUCAAAGCCUUCACAGAUAAAGCCACCGCUUUCUCAACUGGCUUUUGUCAGGUUGAGCGAGUUAUGAGGAACCUUUUUGUAAAGAAGCUCUUUCUCUGGCCCAGGUUCCAAGCCUCAGUGAACACUGUACUGGACAGGCAUAAGCCGGACGUGGUUGAGCUGCAUGUGCCCUUGACCCCAGCCAUGAGGGCCAUCCAGAGCUCCAUUCUGGACAUCAUGAACGCCUGCCUGAAGGAGCUCAAACGCUAUAACCCAACUCUGGAGGCUGAGGACCUAUCCCUGGAGAAUACACUUGGAAAUGCCUUUGAGAAAACCAUUCGGCAUUACCUCGAUCCCCUGUGGCAUCAGCUGGGAGCCAAGACCAAAUCCCUAGUGCAGGACCUGAAGAUCUUACGCACUCUGCUACUCUACCUCACUCAGUAUGACUGCGUCACUUUCCUCAAUUUGCUGGAGUCUCUGCGCUCCAGCCAGAAGAACUUUGGCAGCAAUUCAGGAUGGCUGUUCCUGGACUCCAGCACGUCUAUGUUUGUGAACGCCCGUAGUCGUGUUUAUCACAUUCCCGAGUUGAAAAAGAAGCUCAAAGUUGGUGAAGCAGACCAAAAACCAAGCCCCACGGCCCCUCUGAAAAGACAGCUUGUGCUAGAAAAAAAUCCGAAGUGGGAGGCUCUGUCAGAAGUCCUGCAGGAGAUUGAGAAGGAUAAUAGCAGCUGUGAGCAUGAACCAGGCCGUGUGUUGAUAUGUGCCAGCGACGACAGGACGUGUGCUCAGCUAAAGGAGUACAUCCAGAGAGGUGCAGACUCACUGCUCAACCGACUUUACUCACGCACUAUUGGGAAAGACGAGUUCACACCAGCCCCCGAGAAGGCCAAACAGGGUAACGGCCGGCCUGGAAAAGGCUUGGGAAAGGCCAACAAAGGCAAGAAGUCUAAACCUAAAAAUUCCAAGGCCAGCACGAAGACCCUGCGAGCUUCACUGACCCUCACUCAAAUGGUGGGGCAAGAGAAGGAGGCAGAGGUGGAGCAGAUUGGCAGCAGUGAGGAUGAAGGAGAGCAGGAUGGAGAGGUGGUGGUGGAGGAGGAAAACGACAUUCUCUUAAACCUUUCCUCAGAUUCCUACUAUGGUAUUCUCAAAGAGCCACUGAUUGUUAUCCACCCACUGAAAGGAUGCAUGGAUCCGUACAGUCUAACCCGAGUGUUGCAAGAAGUGGAGCCUGUGUUCGUGGUGCUUUAUGAUGCUGAGCUCAGCUUCGUGCGUCAGCUGGAGGUGUACAAAGCCAGCAGGCCAGGCAAACCUCUCAGGGUGUAUUUCCUUAUUUACGGAGGCUCGACAGAAGAACAGAGGUAUCUUACUGCUCUGUGUAAAGAGAAACAAGCCUUUGAACAUUUGAUAAGAGAAAAGGCCACCAUGGUUGUUCCAGAAGAGAGGGAGGGUCGGGAGGACACAAACCUGGACCUGGUCCGCAGUCAGGAGGCCGCACUUGAGGCCAACAACACCCGCAAAGCAGGUGGGCAGGAGGGGGUAAAGAAGGUGUCUCGUGUCAUCGUAGACAUGAGGGAGUUCCGAAGCGAGCUUCCUUCUCUGCUGCACCGGCGAGGGCUUGACGUUGAGCCAGUCACUCUGGAGGUGGGCGACUACAUCCUGACCCCCGAGAUCUGCGUGGAGCGCAAGAGCGUGAGCGACCUGAUCGGCUCGUUGCAGAGCGGCCGCCUCUACUCCCAGUGCCUCUCCAUGAGCCGCUUCUACCGCCGGCCCGUGCUCCUCAUCGAGUUUGACCCCGCCAAGCCGUUCUCGCUCGUGGGCCGCACCGACCUGCGCCAGGAGAUCUCCGCCACCGACGUCACAUCCAAGCUGACCCUCCUCACCCUCCACUUCCCACGCCUUCGGCUGCUCUGGUGCCCCUCUCCUCACGCCACCGCUGAGCUCUUCCAGGGGCUCAAGCGUGACCGUCCGGAGCCCGACGCCGCUGCGGCGCAGGCCGUCACGGCGGAGUCGGAGACGGUUGGGGAAUCUGCAGACCUGUACAACCCCGGGCCCUAUGACCUCCUCCUCCGCAUGCCUGGAGUCAACGUCAAAAACUUCCGGUGCCUCCUCAAGCAUGCGACCAGCCUGGCUGAGCUGGUUACUCUGAGCCAAGAAAAGCUUAGCGAGAUUCUUGGCAGUACAAGUAAUGCCCGGCAACUUUAUGAAUUCCUACACAAUACUAGAGAUCUAAACUCUGUGCAGAAGAACAAACAGACUUUAAAAAGUUAGCAGGUAAACAAGCCUGAUGUCUAAUGUCAGGUUUGUCUUAAUGCCUGGGAAUUAAAUGACGGACAAAUUAAUUGCAUUUUUAUACAUGUGUAAUGUAAUAAUGUACAGUGCGUUUAUUUUGUAUUGUUUCUGUACAGCUGUGUUUUUAAAGGAUUCUGUCAUGAAAUUCUUUGAUAAAAAUGUUUGCCCUACAGUGAAAUAUUUUUAAAUGCAUCAUCACAGGUUAAGUGUAACAGUAACUAAUGUGGCAUAAUAAUUUUUAAUAUAUGGGAUGUAGAAUUGCGCUUAAUGGCAGUAGAUGAAAUUAUUUCUAAACCAAAAAUAAAAAGUGAUUAAAAGCAUUACGGUAAA